UACUGGCUCUACGUUCUACUCCUACUGAAUACCCUCCUUUACUGUGGUCACUCUCAAGGUAAACUAAAGCCUGUAGUGACACUAAAGCCCAACAGUCCAAUAUUCAGAGGAGAGACUGUCACUAUCAGAUGUAUCAUAGAAGGAGGAGACUCUGACUGGGAGUAUGACUUUAUUAAGAAUGGUCAGUCAGUUUACUCUGACACAAAGCUUGAGUACAGAAUCAGUCCUGUCUACACAUCUCACAGUGGUGAAUACCGUUGUAUCAGAAAACACAGAAAAGUCCAAAAUGAUUCUGAGUGGAGUGAUGUGGUCAAACUGAAAGUGUUUGAUCAAUCCAAGGCUGUCCUGAGUAUCUCUCCUCAGUGGAUGAACCCUGGAGACUCAGUGACUCUGAUCUGUGAAGUUAAAGAGUCGUCUACAGGCUGGAGGUUCUCCUGGUACAAGACUGUUCUCUACAGAGCUGGGUUACCCUCUCUAUUGGACAAGUCCUACUCUGUAGAGCCCCUAUCUGGAAAUGAGACUACUAAAGAGUCUUACACUCUGAGUCCUGCUGGUCCUACUGACACAGGAGGAUAUGUGUGUAGAGCUGGGAGAGGAGAUCCAGUCUUUUACACAAACUACAGUGAACCUCAGUUUCUCUGGUCAGGAGACACAGAGGACAGUGGAGUGUACUGGUGUGAGUCUGGAUCAGGACAGUACAGUAAUGCUGUCAACAUCACAGUGUCUGGUGGUGAUGUGAUCCUGGAGAGCCCUGUCCAUCCUGUGACUGAAGGAGACUCUUUGACUCUUCUCUGUACACAUAGAAAUCAACCACACACUAACACCAAGGCUGAUUUCUACAAAGAUGGAGUACUCAUCAGUAAUGACUCCAUACAAGAGAUGACCAUCCCUACAGUAUCUAAGUCAGAUGAAGGUUUCUAUAAAUGUAAAUCUGAUCAAAUAGAAUCUCCUGAAAGCUGGGUGACAGUGAGAGUUCCUGGUUCCUCUACAUCAGUCCUAGUAGAAGUGAUUGUGGGUCUGGUUGUUGCUGUUGUUCUACUGACCAUCUUCUUGGUCCUGCUUUGUCAAUAUAAACACAACAAAGGUUUCUGUUCUAACAGAAUAUUCUGGCCCAUCCAUCCCCAGAGCACCAACCAGGACCCCCAACAGGACCAAGGAUCUACCCAGGUUCAGUCUCCUGAUGCUGGAUAUACAGAUUCUGCUGGUGUUUCUGCUGACGGGUCAAGUGAUGUGACAUAUGCCCAGAUUCAACUCAACAAGAUGGACAAGAAACAAAAAGAAAAGCCAGCUGAUCCAAAUGAAAAUCCUGUCUACUCUGAGAUGAAGACAGUGAAAACUGCAGCAUCGUCUGGGCCAGUUGAUGUAACCUAUUCUGAGACUGACCUAAAAAAGAUGGUCAAAACCCAGAAGAAGAAAAAAUCAACAUCCCUGCUAGAGUCAGAAUCAGUUUAUUCUCCAAUAAAGACACAGUCCUUGAGGGAGAUGAACACAAUCAGUUGAGGAACAGGAACAACCAGGGAACAUGGAUGUGGUUUUUGUACACACAUUGGCCCUCAUUUAUCAAAAGUGCGUAACCACGGU